AUGAAGGGCAAGAGUGACUUACAAUCUUCCUCCAAGGUAUCUAAGGAAGAAGAAGAUGAUUAUGAGAUUGUAAGUUCUUCCACUCUGGAGGCCAUCCAUGCUUUGAGAAUUCUUCCAGCCAGACCUCUGCAAGAAUCUGAAUAUGCAGACAAACGUUGUUUAAGGCCUUCAGCUGCCACUUCCCCAAUGAACAGCCCACAUUCCUCUCAGUCCCCUCAAUACUUAGCCAAACAUGCAUCCAUUCUGGAAGAGAGGAGCAUUAUAGGAGGAAGAAUGAAAAUACCUGGACCCCAGGACCCUGUGCCUCCCCCACGGCCUCUGAAGACACUGCCAAAGCAGUAUCAGCCACUUCCUCCAGAGCCAAAGAUAAGCAGCCAGUUCUUUCACCCUGCGAAAAUGCUCAGCCAAGCUCACACCUUUCCAGUAUCAGCAACAGUCACAAGACAUCUAUCUGUUAAGGAACUAAAUGAAGCACCUGGAAGAGGACAAGAUUUGGAGAAGAAACCUGAAAUAUCUUUUCAAGCACAACAGUAUAAACCAAAGCAUCAUCCUGAAGCCAGCUCUAAAAUGGUUUGCAGUUCAGGGUCCAUGUCAAAGGCAGAGAACUUGUCAGUGAAGAGGUCACCACCUCCUGCACCGUACACAGCAUGCAAAAAUAAGUCAAAACCCACACACGUAAAAUGGGAAAUGCAGCCUCUUACUCAACCCUCUGAACAGGAUUUAAACAAAUAUGAAUGGUACAUUGGACACUACGAUCGUCAUGAAGCAGAAAAGGCACUGCUACAGGAAAACACUGAUGAGACAUUCCUGGUUAGAGAUUGUUCAAAGAAAUCAAAUGCCGAGCCAUACGUUUUGGUUGUCUAUUAUGGAAGAAGAGUAUACAACAUUAAAGUACGCUUUCUGGAAGAGAGUCAACAGUACAUGCUGGGAACAGGGCUCAGAGGAGAUGAUAAAUUUAAUUCUGUGAAAGAGAUCAUUGACUUCUACAAAUAUGUGCCCAUCACACUCAUAGACGGAAAGGAUAAAUCAGGAAUCCAGAGAGAACAAUGCUACCUCACGUAUCCAUUCAAGCCACACAAAAGAUGUUUUCUGCCUUAA